CUUGGCUGAUAUACAAACCAAUAUAUUGCAAAUAUUAAGAGUCAUAAAAUCACUCCAAGAACACUUGAGGAAAAUUGCUGGAUACGUGAUUACUCGUUGCCCCCUUUCUUACCCCAUUUAAAUCAACAAAGUAAGCAUUUCUUUAAACAACCACGAACUUUCCCUCCUUGUCAGUUCGGGGACCAAAGGCAAACAUAACACGUUCGCCGUAUCAAGCUUUUAGGCUUCGAAAGGCCCAAUUAUAUACGACUACAGCAAUGCCAACGCUCAAUCUCCCUGGCGCUGAUCUCUACUAUGAAACCGUUGGCUCUGGCCCUUUACUGCUGUGCAUAUCGGGCGCAAAUGGAAAUUACGAAAUCUGGAAACCUUUGGCAAUCCAGCUGAAGAAAUUUUUCACCGUAGCAAUGUACGACAGACGUGGAUUCUCACGUAGCUACCUCACAGGCGCACAAGACUAUUCUCGACGGAUUGAGACUGAUGCGGACGAUGCACAGUCGCUGAUCAAGCAUCUCUCACCAGAAGAACCUGCGACUGUCGUCGGCAAUAGCUCUGGUGCCAUAGUGGGUCUCGUACUGCUGCAGCGUCACCCUGAAGCGGUCCGCAUGCUGGUUGCGCAUGAGCCUCCAGCGUACUCUUUGCUGUCAGACUUUGAACGUCGGAAAAAGGAGCAGCAAGAAGUAUAUGACAUAUAUCGCGCAUCUGGUGUCUUCCCUGCCGCAGAAAGAUUUGCCGACCUCAUCGAGGCCGGCGACGAGAAGCCAGGACUAUUGUCAAACUUCGAUCCACGCUCUGGACCAUAUAUCUCAAGUAACACACAAUACUGGUUUGAGCGAGAACUAUUAUUUUACCCUCUUUAUGAACACGACUUGCGUAAAUUGAAAGAACAGAAAGGAAAAUUGAUACUGGCAAAUGGCAAAGCAUCAAAGCCUGGUGUUGGGCAUUUGCUCACUGGCGAAGCCUUGGGGGAUGCUUUCGGAAUAGGAGUUAGAAUGUUUACUGGUGGACACGUUGGAUUUGCUCCCUUCGCUCGAGAAUGGGCGCAGGAACUACGUGGAUACUUGAAAAAAGAAAAUACGUUCUACAGCUUCUGCUGAACAGAUGGACUCGAACUGGCUUUUACAUAAAGUCGAUCAUGAAAGAAAGGAGCAGGGCUUAGAGUGGCAAUGUAUGAUGUAAAAUGCGCUUGCCGGUACCGAAACAAAGUUUAGAAGCCAAAAAGAAACCAGGAGUAAGAAGGUCGGAUAUCAUUCCUGUAUUGCGAGUUCCGAAACCCUUAGUUUACGGUUCAGCUACAUCAAGACCAUUACGGCACAUUCUGUCAACGUUUAUAUCCCUGUACUGCCGUUUGUUUUGCAAUCUAAUGAACGAAUCUUACAUAUGUUGGCGGUUUGAACACGGAACUCC